AUGGUAUCUACAGGUAGCGAUAACCAAGAACGCCUCCUUUGCUACGCCCACAGGGAGCAGCACUCCGUAGCGGUAGACAGCGAGGGCGUUGCUUACAGCUGGGGAUCGGGAGGCUCGCGGUGGGACGGGGCAGGAGCGCUCGGGCUGGGUAACCUGGAAAACGAAAAUUUCCUCGUCUCCAAUCCUACCGAGAUCACAACGCUCAGCGGCGUCGGCGCAAAGGUGAUCGCGCCGCGCGGGGGAGGGGGGAGGAGCGCACUCAUGGUCUGUUGGACCGUUGACAACGCGUCCUCGAGAGGAUGAACAAUUGUUUCCGCCGGGCCGAUCACCGAUGGCCAAUGGUUCUUUCCUAAUUUGCAAAGGGUGACUCAUAAGAUGUGGCCGGGGUGAGUAGCAGUAAAUUUGUCCGCACGUCGAGGCCCUUCCUUACUAUGUAUGAAAACCUUCCGCGGGGGUGUUUCGUCUCUGGCGGAAGCUACCACGCGUGGGACAAAGACAAAAUAGGUCCCCCAUGUCCAUCGUUCGCCAUGUUGUUGAGUUCAUGAUGAAUUAUUUGCUGUGCAGAAGCGAGCUUGCUCGCGCCAAGAGGGAAAAACAUGCAACCAAUCCCCCCUGUCUGCUAGUCUCCGUCUGUUUCUCUCUCUCUCUCCCUCUCGCUCUUUCUCCUU